AUGUCUGUGUCUGCAUCCGUUUCCGCCUCCGCCUCCUCCAACCUCCCAUCCGAUUCUCGCUCCUCAGGACCCCUCCGUCGUCUGAGCCAACUGCGUGCCUAUACGCAGCAGCAUUUCUCCUCCUCCGCUUCCUCUUCCUCAUCCUCGCACCCUCCUGCCUCGUCAUCAUCGACCAACGGUCCCCGCAUCUCGCGUCGUCAUACUCUCAGCAGUCGAGUUUCCUGGUUUUCUCCCGCCUCCACUGGGACCGAGUCUUCGCAACUCUCGCCUGUGGGGUCUCGCUCGUCGGGCCCAUGUCCCGAAAGUGAGCAGCCAUCCACUCUUGCCCGCUAUAGUGCGGUUUUUUUCCCCAGCUACCGCGGCCUCGAGCUCGACUUGCGUUCCUCCCGCCAGUCCGACCUGUCCAGCUCUUCUCCUUCCAACAACCCAUCCGGUGGCCGUCAGACCACAGCUCAAGGCACGACCAUGGCGCGGCCCAGAGGUGCCUCUCAGGCGCUGGAUGCGAGACCUGAUCUCGAUGCCACCAGUCCAUCGGCCUCGUCCAACCUUCACGCGGGAGCCCUCGACUCGUCCGACCCGGUGAUGUCGGAGAACCCGUCGACUGCGUCCCCGCGACCGAAGCAGAAAGCGACCAUUCGCUUCUUCCCCCAUCAAGACACCCAUCAAAGCUCCCGACCCUCCUUGCCCUUCAUCCCCGUCUCGCGAACGCUGCCGUCUGAAAGUUGCGUCAUUCGAGUCGGUCGGUACUCAGAACGCGAUGGCCUGCCCGUGGCCAACCCAACGGACCCCUCCGAUGCCCCGGUCGGAUUCAAGUCGAAGGUCGUGAGUCGGAAACACUGCGAGUUUUUAUACCUGAACGGCCAGUGGCAUAUCAAGGAUGUUGGAAGCUCGUCGGGGACGUUUCUCAACCACAUGCGCUUGAGCCAGCCGAACAUGCCGUCUCGGCUGUAUACUGUGAAGGAUGGAGAUAUCGUGCAGCUGGGGAUUGAUUUUCGGGGAGGCGAGGAGAUGAUUUUCCGCUGCGUCCGUAUACGGAUCGAGUGUAAUCGGUCCUGGCAGCAGCAGCCGAAUGAAUUCAAUAAAAACACCGAGAGUCUGAUUCGGAAUUUGGGCAAGGGAGAUACCGCGGAUUAUUCUGGAUGUCGGGAAUGCUCUAUCUGUCUUGGUUCUGUUCUGCGGCCUUAUCAGUGUCUGUUCAUGGCAGCCUGCGCCCACGUCUGGCAUUACAAAUGCGUCAGUCGUCUUAUCCACACGCCAGACUACCCCAUGUUCCAGUGUCCCAACUGCCGUGCCUACACCGAUUUAAGCGCCGAGGUCGAUGAUACAAACGAUUUUGACGAGGAGGACGAGAAGAAGGACACGCCAGAGGACAAGCAGGAUACCACUGAUGCGUCUCGGUCACAAACAAAUUCCCCCCAGUUGGAGGCCCAGCCAGCCUCUUCUGGCGACGAACCCCGCCAGGACAACCUGCCGGCCGAGGCAGGCCUCGCUGCCAAUAUUGAGAGCAUGCGUCUGCAAGACACAGAUGCAUCCGAUGAUGCGCGGCGUCCCCCCGCUCCCACGUCCAACAAUGAUGGCACCCCUGUUAAUGCCGAUAAUGAAGUCCCUGGCUGGCAGUCCGUGACCCAGUCACCCAAUGCUCUGCAGGCCCGCCAGUCCCACCUGCGUGCGGACACCCCUGUCCGGUCGGAGUCAUCUGAGGACAAUCCUUUGACGCCAUUGAACGAUUCGGGGCCCCUAGCCCUUGACGGCCGGGCCGCCAUGCCCUGA